CCAGUCAAGUAGUCAACUGAAAUGACACUAUGAUAACAUGCACUUGUGCUACUUGGAUAUCCUUAACAACAAAUGUAAAGGCGAUAGAUAGUAUCAUCCUUGCCCACGCACUGAAGACAUUUUUAACUACCUAAGUCCACCCAACGUGGCGGACUGCUAUUCGACCCCUGCUAAAAGAGCAUCACAAACUUUAGGAUUUGUUGCACCCUGUGCUCCCCAGCUAAUCCCUAGCAAAGCAAGCAACCGCAAACGCGUCUCAAAUAUUCUUUUUCACCACCUACUCCCCUGUUUUUAAACCCUCGUCACGAUCCUUAGUCUCACGUUUCACUUGCAUCAUUUCGUGAACGUUUCUUGUGCGUGUUACGUUUUCUGCGUUUCACCUGUGCAGCACAGUCCGUUUGCUUCGUUGGCUUGUUUCGAGUUCAAGUGUGUAGCAUAAGAUAGAGAUGGAGCAAGACGAGAGCUCGGGCGUGCAGCCGCUGACCGGGAGGCGCGUGCGCGCGGACACGAGGCACCCGGUGUACCGCGGCAUACGGCUCCGCAGCGGCAAGUGGGUGUCGGAGAUCCGCGAGCCGGGCAAGUCCAGCAGGAUCUGGCUCGGCACGUUCCCGGCGCCCGAGAUGGCCGCCGCGGCCUACGACGUCGCCGCAUUGGCGCUGCGCGGCGCCGAGGCCGCGCUCAACUUCCCCGGCAGUGGCACGGCCACGUCGCGCCCGGUGCCGGCCUCCAGCUCCCCCGACGACAUCCGCGCCGCAGCCGCCGCGAUGAUCGGCUCCCGAAACCGUGAUGACCCGCCCGACGCCACAACCACGUCUCGGGCGUCGCCGGAGGCCGCCGUCGCCGCUGGCACUUGUGAUCAGAGACGCGUCGUGGACGUGGACGACGUCUUCGAGAUGCCGCGGCUGCUGGCGAGCAUGGCCGAGGGCCUGAUGAUGAGCCCGCCGAGGCUGAGCCCCGCGACGGACGGCGGCGGCGUGUCGACGGAGGACGACGAGGACGAGGACGGCAUGAGCCUGUGGAACCAUUGCUGAAAUGAACUUUUUUACGUGUGCGUAUACGCAUUUGCAGGACAGAAGACACCAUCACACCAUGUAUGCGGGUAUGCCCGUUUGUUCGUAACUUCGUAUGUUUUCUGUGCCCACGUAGUACGUACUCGGCACGUAUGCGAGAUAGGAACGGAGCAGAGCAGGAUACUGACUUUUAUCGUAGGCGUCCUGUAACGUGUAUACGGCUAUAUGGUCACUCGACUAAUCCGUAGAUUGAGUUAUGGCUGAAACGCCGCUUCUGAUACAUAAUUCGUUGUACAGCAUUUGGCAGGAUUUUCCCUUUAAAUGAAAUGUUGUGACCAAAU